AUGAAAACACAGCUAGCCGGUUCCGGUAACCUAGCAGGAGGCAAGGACUGGAUUGAAAUUGCUGUGAGAGGUGAAAGUUGGCCGAAGAUAGAGAAAGUUCCACAGAUGCUUCGUGAGGUUACGGCAAACACUGGCUGCUAUGAUCCUAUAGUGGCUUCAAUUGGUCCUUAUCAGCAUGGAAAACCUGUGCUUGACUUUAUGCGGCAGCACAAAAAAGCAAUGGCUGGCCAGUAUGCAAGUGCGGAGCUUAAUCAGAAGGUCCGGACCUUGGUUAAAGAUGCAAAAGAGUGUUACACUGAAACGGAAGCAGUAGACAAGUUCAGCGAUGAGGAGUUUAUUCAGAUGAUGGCUCUUGAUGCCUGCUUCAUCGUCGAGUUCAUCGACUGCAUUGUAAACGAGAGACCAGAGGCUUUGAAGAUGAAAAGCAACAUGAUAGCUUUCGUUCAACGAGACUUGUUGUUACUGGAAAAUCAAAUUCCUUUUAAAUUCCUCCAUGAAAUAUUGGGCGUCAAGUUCGGAGAUGAAAAUAAGAUGGAAAUGUUACAUUCAUUUCAGCAGGAUGGGAGUGAUAAAGCAAAAGCAAAAGCAACACCAUUUAAUGGUGAACCUGCUCACCCUCUCGACGUUAUGCGCAGCAAUCUCGUUGAUAAAUUCGCUUGGACAAACAAUCCUCAACUCAAAGGCAAAGGCAGAGGCAGUUACUGGUUUUCUUAUCGAUCAGCCAAGGAGCUCAGGGCUGCAGGCAUCCAUUUCAGGCUUAGCAAGACUAACAAAUUCACGGACGUUGAAUUUCUUACGUCAAUAUUUUAUUCUAGAGCCUAUCUGAAACUUCCACAAAUAUGCAUUGACGAUUCAACAAAGUCUAUGCUUCUAAACAUGAUAGCCAACGAAUCAAGCACCAAUGGUCCCAGUGAUUUCGGAGUUUGUUCAUACAUAUGCUUUAUGGGUUCGCUCGUUGAUCAUGCUGAGGAUGUCGUGGUGCUUCGAAAAAAAGUUGUUAAAGAAGGGAUAGAAGAGCAUUACAAAAACUGUAUAAAGAUUUGGUUGGCAGAUUUUUGGCAUACUAAUUUCACCAGCCCUUGGACGGUUCUUGCGUUUAUUGGUGCAAUUUUAGCACUUUUCCUCAGUGUUAUUCAGACUCAUGAAUCCAUUAAGCCUAGCAAUUGCUAA